CGGGAGGAAAAUCCAGGCACCAUGGGCAGGCAGAAGGAUCUACUCUCAGCCAUCGGCAUGAGGCUGAGGAUCAGGAAUAAACUUGUCCGCCAGGCCCUGGCCGAAUGCCUGGGCACACUGAUCCUGGUGAUGUUCGGUUGUGGCUCAGUGGCUCAAAUUGUGCUCAGCAAAGGAUCCCAUGGAGCCUUUCUCACGGUCAACCUGGCUUUCGGUUUUGCUGUGACUCUUGGAAUUCUGAUUGCUGGACAGGUUUCAGGUGGCCAUUUGAAUCCUGCAGUCACCUUCGCCAUGUGCCUUAUGGCCCGGGAACCUUGGAUCAAGCUGCCUAUUUAUGCCAUCGCACAGACCAUUGGAGCGUUCCUAGGAGCAGGCAUCGUGUUUGGCUUGUACUUUGAUGCCAUUUGGGAUUUUGCUGGGAAUCAGCUAUUAGUAACAGGUCCCAACGGCACUGCGGGCAUCUUUGCUACCUACCCCUCAGAACACUUGCAGUCCGUGAACGGGUUUUUUGACCAGUUCAUCGGCACAGCUGCUUUGCUUGUUUGCGUUUUGGCAAUUGUGGAUCCCUACAACAAUCCGGUGCCCCGAGGCCUGGAGGCUUUCACCGUCGGCUUCGUCAUCUUGGUGAUUGGAACCUCCAUGGGCUUCAACUCUGGCUAUGCCGUCAACCCAGCCCGAGACUUCGGUCCUCGCCUCUUCACGGCCAUUGCUGGCUGGGGCUCAGAAGUUUUCACGACCGGCAGACAAUGGUGGUGGAUUCCAAUCGUGGCCCCUUUCCUAGGAGCCGUGGCUGGCGUGGGGGUCUACCAGCUGAUGAUUGGAUGCCACGACGAACCCGCUUGUGAAUCGAAUGACGAGGAAACUGUCAAGCUCUCCAACAUGAAGCACAGAGACAAUGUUUGAGGCAGCCACAGGAUGUUGCUGC